AUGUCUCUAUUAUCUUUAUCUAAUCUAUUACUAUCACAUAUCAUAACAUCUAUUGACAGUAAUGGAGAUAUAGUAUGUUUAUUGUUGACUUGUAAAAAGUUGUACAGCAAUAAUGUUAGAAAGUCGAUUCAGUUUAAAGGAAUAGGAGAAGCAAUCGAUUCUGACAAGGGACACGAAUCAACCAGGUUUGGAGCAACGGCUACUCAAUUCAAACUCGGAUCUUUUCAAGAUAUAUUGGAGAAUAGUGUAUCUGAUCAACAGAUCAUACUGUCUAGUGACAAUUACCAAACAGGUCGCUACCCAGAAUGGAUACAACAACGUAUCUAUGCAGAGAAGAGAAAUGAUAAAAGUGGUGUUACAACUGCUUUGGUCACGUAUAACCGACCAACACCAUCAGAUUUAGAGACACAUGUAAAGUCACUCUACUCUAUACCAACACUCGAGAAACUAUUCAUCUUCCAAGACGAAGACAGCGUAGAUCUUGGCUCUAUCUCGUUGUUGCCUAGUCUCCAAAUGUUGUCGGUUCGUUCAGACAAAGUUCAUCUUGGUCCUCACCCAACACUCAAGUCUCUUAGAUUAAAUCUUACCACACUCGACUCACUCGCCGACUUGGGUCUCACCAACCUAGUAUCAUUGACAGAGUUGAACUUUGAAUGGACGAGUGGAUUUGUGAAUAAUGUUGGACCUGGUCUACUGCCAAACAGUCUGACAUUUCUAUCUAUUCAAGUGUUGGGGGUACCUCCAAGAGAUACAUUCCUCUCAUUGACGUCGUUGGUGACCCUCGAUAUCUACCAUGAGAAGCAAGCAAUCAGCCAAGAGACGGAAAAACCAUUCAUCGACCUCGAGAGUCUAUCCAACCUCAAGACACUCACAUUCCUUGACAACGACGACCCAUCAAAUAACACCAACUAUAGUAUCGAGAUUAGUGUCCCUCCUUCACUCAAGACUCUUAGAUUCCCAUCCAAAUCAGCACGAAUCCCAUCCCGUUGUACCAUGCCACUGUUGGAGAAACUGUAUGUGCAACAAAGAUCAUUGAUUGAUGGAAGAGUCUGUCUGUCGUCAUGUAACACACCAUCGUUAAAGAAACUCACACUUUACAAGUGUCGUGAUAUCAUCGCAUCCAAUAUCUUUUCAUCGACUCUUGAAAAGAUUACAAUCUGUAAAAAAACUGAUCAACCUAUACUUGGACAGGUUGUAUUCCCACCAUCUCUCAUUCAUCUAACUAUCGUGGGAGACCACUAUGAACCUGUCCGACUCCCAGACUCACUAGUUAAACUAAAACACACUAUCAAGACUCUUAGUGACGCACUAUCACUUCCUCAACAUUUAAAGAAACUGAUUUGCUUAAAGUCUGUGUUUCCAUUCAGUUGUAGUAAUAACUAUCCACCCAAUCUUGAAACACUCAACCUCACCGAUAUCAAAGGUGACUUUACAAUUGACAACAUACCACCAACCAUCAAAUAUCUAUCAAUAACCUUAAACCACACCCCCAACAUAUCAAAUAGCCCUCCAAUCUAUUCAAUCAGCUCAAGAAUAUCCAAAAUCAACCAACUACAACAAUGGUUAUCAGUCAACACUACUCAUUUAACUUGUGACAUAAUUGGAGUAAAGUAUGUAGCUGGCAGGUAUAACAAAACAGGUGCAUUUAGAUUAGAUGAAAUAAUCAAUCACACCAAUGUUAGGUAUUUACAACUCAAUAUUUCCAAUACUACAACCUUUCAAUUUACAAUUCAAAGAUUGGACAAGGAUAAUAGAAAUAUAUUAGUAUUGGAAACAAAGACAAUGCAAGGUGGAAUAAUCACUCAACAAAGAAAAUCAGAUUAUGAUGGUGAUCCUAUUUAUUUAAAUUUUCUCUUCUCUUAUAAUUCAUUUGAUUUGAAAUGGAGUACCAAAUUGGAGUAG